GAAGAGCGAACCCGACAAAGAAGGGAACGGGCGCAGAACCAAGCCAAUAAUCAGUCAGAGCUGGAACAACUCCUUACUACCUGCAAUGGGGAGCCACUUCUAUUCGGACCGCCCAUAAAAAUCACCGACAAACAGAUAAUCGGAUGGAAAGUUCACCCUCUGGAUUCACCGGCGCCAUCUACCAUCCACGCUGAGAUUACCAGAAGCACCCUCAGAUUGAGUCGAAUGAGAGGACGAAUCCGGAACAUCUUGGGAGAAAUCGAAGAAGAGGAGAACACGCGGGAAGAACUAUACAAGCAACUCCGGAACCACCGUCUCAACUACGAACCAGAGAAAUCCCUUAAACCGAAUGCAGAUCCUCGCACCAGGAAGGCAAUAUCACUGGAACAAGAAACGCAACAAGCACUUGAUGAAUUCCGACUGGAGCCCCUCAUCUCACCCAUAAAGGAAGAAGGAAACCGGCGAUCCAAGCUGCACCAGCGACGUCGUCACCGGUGAGACCAACUAGGAGGAGACGACAACCAGCCCAACCUCAUCAGAAGACCGGUGUACAUAGAUAGAUAGAUUUUAUAUAGAUAGAUAGAUUUUAUAUAUAUUGUAGUUUGUUGUUAUUCUCAUUUUGUAAGAAUUACCAGCUCAAACCGUUCAUAUAGCAUUUUCCCGUUUGUUCAUUGUUCAUUUGCACGUGUGAUAUUUUCGUAUGUUUUACAUUUUUAUGCAAUAUUGUUCAAUUCGGGUUUUCAGAAUUUGUGAUAAGCGUUAAGCGGGAAGUUUGUGUCAAGCGUUAACCAAAGAGGGGGGUUUGGAAAAAUUGUUAAAAGGGCAUGUCACCUCCGAAUUCCAUCUGAGGGCAGAUGAUUUGAGAAGGGGGGUGUGUAGGCAUUUCGGAUAUCAGACUUGUGCCUAGCUAAUAAACUGGCUAGGU